AUGUAUAGACCUAUAUUAUCAUCAUCCAAAAGGAAUUUAUCUAAACUUUUAUUUACCACUUCAAACUAUAAUGCUGCUCGAUCUAAUCUUAUUUCCAUAAGAUAUAUGGCUACAUCCACCCCAUUGGGCGUUGACACCUCAAUUGAAAACAAUUUGAAAACAGAAACUAACAAAUUGUCAAAAACAUUAUCCAAAUUCUGGGAAAAGGUAGAAAUUAUCAAUGAAAAUGAUCCAAAAAAUGGAAAACAUAAAUUAACAAUCACUUUAGAUUCCAAACCGAUCAAAACCCUGUUGGGCAAUAAACUACAAGUUGAUACGGAUCGUGAAUAUUUGGCUUUAAUGCUAUUAAAUGAAUGGAGCACUUUACCUAGUUUGAAAAUUAAAUCUCACUCAUUGCCGCUAACAUCUAUUGUCUCUCGGUGCAUUGACCUAGAGAAUGCACUAAAUGAUUUAGAUUUAUUAAACAGUGAUCCUGAAUUGGCUGCAAAAAUUGGGUGCAAAGAUCGUUCCACCAUUUCCAAUUUAUUACUAAGAUAUCUAGAUACAGAUACCUUGCUGUGUUUUUCACCAAAAAAAGAUUUAGACGGUGCCUUGCGUACAGAACAAGAUGAAUUAUACUUACCAAUUAUCAAGAAAAUUGAACAAUUUUUAACUCCAUACGGCCCUGAAAAAGCCAGUGGCGAAAAAGAAAAAGUUCGUUUAGAAAUCUUAGAUGCUGAAGUUCAUGGACUAAGAGGGAAUCAACAAAAUGAAUUAACCAAAAAAGCCGCAACCAAUUUUAUGAAUCAAUUAAGCUUAUGGGAUUUAGUGGUCUUUGAAAAAACCGUUUUAACCACAAAAUCUUUUAUUUGCGGAAUCCUACUAUUAAAAAGUAAUGAAUUUGGCGUUGAUAUGGAAACCAUCGCCAAAUUGUCUACUCUAGAAACUAUUCAUCAAACUGCCAGAUGGGGGGAAGUCGAAGACACUCAUGAUGUUGCCAAACGUGAUAUCAGGAGGAACAUUAAUGCUGCUGCUAUUGUUGCCUACAAAGAACCAAAUGUAUGA